GCCCCGCGCGCGUAGGAAAAUGUAUCUUUUUUUUCUCUCGCACGCUCUCUAUCUCCUUCUUUCUCCGUUCCCUUUUCGGAAUACGCAUUCAGAGCGUUGUUCUCGUUAUUUUUAAUCGCGCGACCAGCUCGCCACGAUGGCGAUCUCGAUGUCGAUGUCGAGUGUUCGAUACCAUUGACAGGCCAGUGAUCAGUAGCAAAGAUGGCGCUGAUUUGUGUUAUGUCAGAUUUUUAAAAUUGAUUUGAACUCCGUCGGGCACCACUUUUCUUCCUUGGACAGGACGACGCGGUGAACCGGGUCGCCCGUUGCCGUCUUUGUGGUACGCCGCGAUCGCGUCGCGACUCGCGGACGGCGGUCGGCGAUGCGCGCGGAGAGUCACGUGUAAUAUCGCGCGUAGCGUUUUCGCACCUAACCUAGGACCGCCGUUGAACCUUGAACCGUCCGUCGGAGUUCUCGAGUUUUCUCCCCCCCGAUGGGACGCCGCGAGUUUGCCGCGCGGCACAGGACGAGUGCCGACUGAACGCGUCGACCGCUAGGCGCAAGAAAGUUGAAAAAAAUUAUAAGAGGAGAAAAGAGAGGAAGAGUCUCUGACAAUCGGACGGAGGAAAGACGGUGUCGUGACAGAUCCCCCCUGAGUUCCGCCGAGGCGCCAAUCUCAUUGACGACGACUCGUCCUCGUGCCCUGGAACACGCCACCCGGAUUGUCGCCAACGGGCCAGCGGACACGUUCGUUUGGAUGCGGCUGAGAUCAACACCUGGCUGAGAUGCCGAAGAUAAGGAUCAAGCAGACGCCAAACAGUCUCUGGUUAAGGCAACGCGAACUAGGUGUCAAAUUCCCGCUGGGCCACAGCGACGACUUUCACAGGACUCUCUACUCCUCUAUACAGCCAAUCACCUCGUGGGAUCAUGGGGAUAAUCUAACUGCCGCCAGGCAUGGUGGUGUAUUCAAUUUGGAAUACUCGCCAGAUGGGUCUCUCUUGCUGGCAGCAUGCGAGAAGAAGAGUAUUUUAAUGUUUGACCCAUUAUGUAGGAAAUUGAUUCAUGCGAUAGAUAAUGCUCACAAUGACUGUGUUAAUUGUGUGAGGUUUUUGGAUCAGCGUAUGUUUGCAACCUGCUCAGAUGACAGCACAGUUGCUCUAUGGGAUGCCAGAAACUUGAAGCAAAGGAUAAGAACUCUUCAGGGACAUUCUAAUUGGGUCAAAAACAUAGAAUACAGUCCGAGCGAUAGUCUAUUAUUGACCAGUGGAUUCGAUGGUAGCAUAUAUACUUGGGAUAUUAAUAGUUUUACAGAAAACAGCUUUGUAUACAAUCGUGUGUUUCAUACAAAUGGACUAAUGCGAACAAGACUUACUCCUGACACUAGUAAAAUGUUAAUAUGCACUACUUCAGGAUAUCUCAUUAUAAUACACAAUCUUAAACUUAGUACACUAAGUCAAGAUUUGGCAGGAUUCAAGCCAAAUAUGUACAGGCUAAUGCAGUUGUCUCAAACUACCAUACCAGUCGCAGCGAGCUAUACGCAUCUCUUUGCUCAUACCCGUACCCAUAAUAGAGUAGAAUUCCUUACCGAUUUUCCCAUAGGCGACGAUGCCGAGGUAAUAUCUAGUUUACAAGUUCAUCCGCAGGGAUGGUGUGCCCUGUCGCGAAACGUUAGCAGCGGAGAAAAAUCGGAGUGGACUUGCAUUCACGAUAUACAAGAGCGCGAAGCGUCCAGCAACGUGGAACAAGUCAAUGAAGGAGAGGAGGGCCGACUGACGAGUUUAAAUGUGGAAGAGUUCGAGGACUUUCCACAGUCGCAGUCGUCGCGUCCGGGAAUGACGUCUUCUUCCUUCGUGAUAGAGAAUGGGAAUCGUGCCCGGAUAGUACACGAUGUGCCAGACGCGAGAUCGAAUUCGUUCGAUUCGUCUAUUCGCGUGUCCACGGAUGCCGCACCGUCGUCGGUCAGAUCGCCGAGGUCAAGCUGGCAAUUAACGGCACGCAGGAACCUGCGAUCUCACUCGAGAAGUCCGCGUCCGGAGAGAAACGCAGUGAGAAAUUUCGACAUGGUCGAGGUCAAUUCGAGUACGAGCACCACCGCCGACGCCAGGAUAAACGCGAUUCACAACGACGACAGACCGGAGAACCAGCACGUGGAUGAUAAUAACGGUAACUUGGCGCAUGAUGCGUCAAUCGACGAGAGGGACGCGCGGGAGUAUAGAUCACCUCGGCCACACUCUCAGCUCAAUGACUUACGGCGACGUAAUAUGAUUGACAAUUUUACUAGUGGAAAUGUAGAAUUGCACGUGAGUACAACUGACGUGUGGGAGGCACUUGUAGCAAUUCGAGAAGCCAGACUUCGCAGGGAACGGGAGAGGCAAUUCUAUCCCGGUACCGAGAGGAGAGAUUGGCUACCUAGACCGAACAACGGCGUGAGCGUAAAUCUUCCUCGAUCGUCUCAUACAGUCGUGAUAAUUGGCGAUCGUACUCGAGUACAGAAUCUGCAGAACCGGCAAAAUCUGCAAACCAUGUACGCGAUACCAAGAAAUCACAAGAUUCAUCAAAAUACACCAAGAUUGACGCAUUAUAUCGAGGAGCCCAACGUCGGUUCUGGAUACAUCAAGGAAUUGUGUUUCUCGGCCGACGGUAGAUUGAUAUGCUCGCCAUUCGGGUACGGAGUACGAUUAUUAGCGUUUUCGAGUGACUGCGCCGAGCUGUCAAAUUGUGUGCCACCCGCCAACGAGUCCGUGCAGCUUCACGAAUUAGCGACACACAUUGGCCAUUCCGAUAUUGUUGUUAGUACGAAAUUUUCACCUAAACACUAUCUGCUCGUGUCCGGCUGUCUCAGCGGCAAAAUCGUCUGGCAUCAGCCAGUGGUUUAGCUAAAUAGAUAAUUACUUUAGGCACUUUGUUAUUUUUCAUUAAUCGGUCUCUUGCUAGGUAUAUUUUGCCACUUUGUACACAAGAUUAUACUGACUAUACAAAACAUGAGAAUUUUUUUUUGUUAAUAAUGUAUAAUUUAUAUAUACAUAUA